UCCAGUUGAAUUUUUAUUGCAGCUUUUUCUCUCGGUUUGUUUCAAAAAACCUACUGCUGAUUUCUGUAUCGUCGUGAACGCUGGAGGACGAUGCCGAUUUGUGCUGCCGGCGCGGACGGGCUGUUAGUUGUCCCGCGUAGCCACUUUGUCGCCUCGGGGUUCAGGUCACCGUCGCCCGACAUUAAAUUUCUCCCUUUCAUUCCAAUUGACUCCAGGACGUCCUUCUUCAACAAGUGCUGUCAUUUUGGCUGGCCUAAGAUUGGAACUUGCUCGGAAAGUCGCCAGUUUCACAGCUUAAAAGUUAGAGCAUCAGAUAAUUCUGGGCAGAGCCAGAUGCCAAUCGCCCCUCUCCAACUCCAAUCUCCCACAGGCCAGCUUUUAUCCCAGAUUAUGCGAACCCAUCCUCAUCUACUACCAGCCGCCAUUGAUCAGCAACUUGAUCAACUUCAAUCUGAUCGAGAUGCACAAAAAUGGGAAAGUCCUCCACCUUCACAAGACUUUCUCCUUUACAGGAGAAUUGCAGAAGUGAGGGAAAAGGACAGGCAGAAGUCUCUGGAAGAGAUAAUCUACUGUUUUAUUGUCCAGAAAUUCCUGGAGAAAAACAUCCUGAUGAUCCCUAAAAUUUCUCCAACCACUCAUCCAACGAGGCAGGUGGACUUCUGGCCCAACCAAGAACAGAAGCUCGAAGCCAUCCACUCGCCAGAUGCCAUGGAGAUGAUCCAAGGCCACCUUACCUUAAUCCUCGGUGAAAGACUCAUCGGCCCUCCGAACACCAUCGUGCGAAUCAGUAAACUGAAGCUUGGAAAGCUCUACGCUGCCUCCAUCAUGUAUGGCUACUUCCUCAAGAGAGUGGAUGAGAGAUACCAGCUCGAACGAACCAUGAACACCCUCCCUAAAAGAAUCCCCGACCAACGAAUCCUUGACGGCCUGAAACCAAACCCUCUCUGGGACAUGGACUCUUUGGUGCUGCUUUCGCCAGACGAAGACAUUGACGGCGAGCCAGACGAAAAGUCAUAUAAACUGAGGUCUUAUGUCAUGUGUUUAGAUGCAGACACAUUGCAGAGAUAUGCAACCAUUCGGUCAAAUGAAGCGGUUUCAUUGAUUGAGAAGCAAACGCAGUCACUGUUUGGGAGACCUGAUAUAAAGAUAGCAGAAGAUGGAACUUUGGAUACUUCAAAUGAUGAGUUAGUAGGAAUGUCUUUCUCUGGACUUACAAUGCUCGUCUUGGAGGCUGUUGCGUUUGGAUCUUUUCUUUGGCAAGCUGAGAACUAUGUGGAGUCCAAGUACCAUUUUGUCAUAAACUGAUGCUUUUCUGAGCAUUUUCUGUAAAUAAUGGAAUAUAAA